AGUGAGUUUCGGUGAAACUGCCAUACUGCGCUUGCGGAGAAUCCAGUGCACCUUCCUGCUACAUAGUGAUCCGCUGCAUAAAUAGACAUUUCUGUGGCUUCUAUGUUUUUUCUAAACCGGGUGCAGUACGGGCUGUACAGUAUUUCAAAGCGACAGGAAAUGACCUAGAGGCCUUACAAAUACAUGUGUGCUUUCUUACUUCAGACGACAAUUGGGGUGAAACUCAAUCUGGAAGCGCCACUUGUUUCCACUAGAACAUUAUUACUACCUCAGCAAGGAGAAGGAAAGGAGAGGGAGGCCUGCGAAAACAAAGUCGCAUCAGUUUUUAACAACUCGGUCUUGCACACUCCUUUGAAGUCAAGACAAAGCAACAGAGAGCUUUUGCUGCACUAUGUGAAAAGGAGCAUUGACGGACUGGAUCUGUCAAAGUAUUUAACCUACAAUUUCUCCGUGAUUCCAAACGCAGAAAGAGAGCUUGGUGACUUUCUCCAGGGGAGAGCCUCAGCACUGUAAGACUAUUUUUGUUUUUGUGUUUUAUUUUAUAUCCUCGCUGUUGACCAGUGUUUUAGAACUUGAGAAAGCUGAAGAUUAAACAGAACUGAUGGUUACUGAAAAAUAAACAUUUGAGGAUUUUUUUCUUUUUUUUUUUUUUUUUACUUUUCAACAGUGAUCUUGAAAUCUGAUUAGUCACCCACUAAUGACCUUCUAUUUGAUUUAAAAUAGAAGCGACAGGAAGUACUUUUCAGCUACUUAUUCCUGGGCAUACUUGGACUGUUACAGUAGUUGCGAUCUGCAGCAGGGCUGCACAGAAAAUAACACUAGGUCAGCAAAGCAGCUGCAUUUUUUUCUCUCUGCACACACACAGUACAAGGACUGCUGCCUUCGGAAAUGCCUCUUUGUGAAAUUGAGCACACAGUCUACAGCUAUCUUCUUUUUACUUUUGCAGAAGAAUUACCCUUGAGGCUGUGAUCUCAAAACCCACGGGGAAUCAGAGCCAGCUCAACACCUAUGUAUUGUUGCAGCGCGCAGGAAAGUAAAAUGGACUACAAGCGGCGCUUUUUGCUUGGCGGGUCUAAGCAGAAAGUGCAACAGCACCAGCAGUAUCAGAUGCCGGAGUUGAGCAGAACCCUGAGCGCCCCAUUGGGCUCGACCACCACCGCCGCCUCCUCCUCCUCCUCCUCCUCCUCCUCCACCUCCUCCUCUCCAUCCUCCCUGGCCUCUACAGCUACUGCUGGGGGCAACUGCGGCCCUCACACCACCCCCAUCGCCGACAUCCAGCAGGGAAUCUCCAAGUAUCUGGACGCUCUCAACGUGUUUUGCCGGGCCAGCACUUUCCUCACAGACCUCUUCAGCGGUGUUUUCAGGAACUCACACUAUUCCAAAGCAGCUAUGCAACUGAAAGACGUGCAGGAACAUGUCAUGGAAGCAGCCAGCCGGCUCACGGCAGCAAUAAAGCCUGAGAUAGCCAAGAUGCUGAUGGAGCUAAGUGCGGGAGCCGCCAACUUCAAAGACCAAAACGAGUUCAGCCUGCAAGACAUUGAGGUGCUGGGCCGAUGUUUUCUGACGGUGAUGCAGGUCCACUUUCAGUUCUUGUCCCAGGCUCUGCAGAAGGUGCAGCCCGUGGCUCAGUCCUGCUUCACAGAGGUGCUGGCCCAAGCCCAGGAGAGGAAGAGCACCACGCGGAACGACCCCUCCAAUACAGAGCUGGAGGAGGCCGUGAGGUCAUGGAAAGGUGCUGCAGAGGCUACAUCUCGGCUGCGGGAGAGGGGGCGGGACGGCUGCCUGUCUGGGAUUGAGGUGCAGCAGCUCUUCUGCUCUCAAAACACAACCAUCCCCGAGCACCAGCUGAAGGAACUCAAUAUGAAGAUUGACAAUGCUUUACAGGCUUACAAAGCAGCCCUGGAGAGUUUGGGCCACAGUGAAUAUGCAUUGAAGGCUGGUUUUCACCUGAACCCCAAAUCUGUUGAAGUUACUCUGCAGGGGUGCUGCGGUGAAGCAGAGGCGCAGCAGGCUGGGCGAAUGCAGACUACUUCUCAGCCCAUUCAGUCUGAACUCCCCACCAUACCUGUGCAGAUUGGAUCACACUUUUUAAAGGGGGUCUCAUUUAACGAAUCAGCAACAGAAAACCUGAAACUGAAAACGCAAACAGUGUUCCAGCUGAUUAAAGAAGCGGCAGGUGAGAAUGGAGAAUCGUCUCUUGGAGAGAUCCCAGUCACAGAGGUCCUGAAUCAGGUCUGCCCUUCGAGCUGGCGAGGGGCCUGCAAAACUGCUGUGCAGUUGCUGUUCGGUCAGGCUGGAUUGGUGGUGGUUGAUACGGCUCAGAUUGAGAACAAGGAAGCGUACGCACCACAGAUUAGUUUGGAAGGCUCCAGAAUUGUGGUUCAAGUCCCCUCAACGUGGUGUCUCAAAGAAGAUCCUGCCACAAUGUCUCUACUGCAGAGAAGUCUUGAUCCAGAAAAGACCCUGGGGCUGGUGGAUGUGUUGUAUACUGCAGUGUUUGACCUGAACAGAUGGAAAGAAAGGAGAGAGCAGGCACUGCCCACCAUUCAAAUUCAGCUGCAGCGCGAAUCCUCCGACUACGGAAGCCAAGUAGACCUGCCGUCCGGAGCCAAGUCCUCCAGUGGGCUUCCCAAGACCAUCUCCAAGCUUACCUCAAAGUUUACAAAGAAAGCCUCCUGCAGCAGCAGCACCUCCGGUGGCGGGAGCUUUUCGAUUCCAAACACCCCUUCACGAAGCAUCUUCACCGGCAGCAGCACUGAGGACAAAGGCAAGCUGCCCAACAGCAUGGACGCGAGGUUACAGAGCAUCUUCAACACAGGCAGCUUCCCCAGGACCAUGGACUCCAACCAGGCUCGUCAGGGCACCCCUGGCCAGCUGCUCAACGGCUACCCCAUUGAUCAGAGAGAGCUAGCCCUGGGCGAGAAGGGCAUGAACCUGCCCACGGACCAGGAGAUGCAGGACGUCAUAGACUUCCUCUCGGGUUUCAACAUGGGCAAGUCUCAGCAGGCAUCUCCACUGGUCAAGAGAAGGAACUCGGUGGCUGCAGUGGCAUCCUCCUCUGCUGCCGAGCAGAAACCACCCUCAGGAGUGCAGCCGCCCCAGCAGGUGUCCCACGCAGCUCUGCAGCCGCCCCAGCAGGUGUCCCACGCAGCUCUGCAGCCGCCCCAGCAGGUGUCCCACGCAGCUCUGCAGCCGCCCCAGCAGGUGUCCCACGCAGCUCUGCAGCCUCCUCAGCCGGUGUCCCACACAGCUCUGCAGCCUCCUCAGCAGCACCCUACGCAGAAACAGCAGCAGCAGCAGCAGCAGCAGCAGCAGCAAGCACUGCAGUAUUACCAGCACCUCCUCCAGCCCAUUGGACAACAGCAGCAGCAACAAACACAGUCGCAAUCCCUGCCGCAGCCCCCUAUACCCCAACAGCAACAGCAGCAGCAGCAGCAGCGAGUCCCAGCUAAGUGGCUGGGCAGCUCCACCCAGCAUCUCCCACCUCAGCCUCCACCUGCAGCAGGACUGUCACCCAUCGGACAGAUGGGUCAGUGGGGUAACCCGGGGCUCCCGGAUUUAAGCUCCGAUUUUUACAGCCUCGGGCUUGUAAGCACGUACAUGGACAGCGUUGUGUCUGAAAUGCUGGGGCAAAAACCCCAAGGUCCCAGAAAUAACACCUGGCCAAAUCGAGACCAAAGCGAGGGCGUCUUUGGGAUGCUUGGAGACAUUCUUCCGUUUGACCCUGCAGUUGGCUCAGACCCAGAGUUUGCCCGUUAUGUGGCUGGGGUCAGCCAGGCUAUGCAACACAAAAGGCAAGCACAGCAUGUCCGUCGCCCCAGCAACACGCGUAGCAACUGGGCUGCCCCCGAUGAACCUCACAGAACCUGGCCACCUCCCAAGUACUACACAGAGGGGGAUGUGAUGAAUAGCAGCUGGUCUGGGACUCAGGGAGACUCGGCCAGCUCCAGUGAUGAAACAUCCUCUGCCAAUGGAGACAGUCUGUUCUCCAUGUUCUCAGGGCCUGAUCUAGUUGCUGCUGUCAAACAGAGGAGGAAACACAGCAGCGGUGAGCAUGAAGCCUGCACCCUGCCAUCCCCACCUCUCCAUCCCUCCGCAGAUAACAUUAAUCAGGAUAGCAAAACUAAAACCUGGCCUCCGAAAGCCCCCUGGCAGCACUCCUCUCCUCUCACUAACACACUGCCCAGUCAGAGCUCUUCCUUGUACCAGAUGACCAACCCUGUCAGCCAGUGGAAUGAAUCCAUGCAAAUGCUGCAGUCACCAGUGUGGUCGACGGCCAGUGACUGUGCCCCCUCCACCGGGAUCUCUUCCAGCUUUGCUUACGCCCAACAACAGCAGCAGCAGCAGCAGACACAGCAGCAACAGCAAGCAUCCCAACACAAACAACAGAUGAAUAAGGGCUUUAAAUCAUUUCCUGUAAAGCACGAACGCAGGCCAUCCUACCUGCAUCAGUACUGAAAAGAUACAACGCAAAAUGGCAAGAGCCAAAUUGUGUAUGAGUUCAGCUUACUUUGUAACAUACUAGCUGUAUCUUUGGCAUUUUAGCUUCUAUAUAGUGGUGUGCAUUAUGUGUCCCUGAUCCUGUGUGGCAAAGCAGUGAGAGAUACAGUAUGUAAAUAGGCUUUUUUUUGUUGUUGUUAUAUUCAAUUGUAUUUAAGUGUUGAGCAAGUUUAUGGCCAUUGUGUUAGUUGUUCCACACUCGACUCCAGAAGUGUAAAAAAGGGAUGAAUAAAAUUGAAAUCAUAUUUAACUUAUUUGCAUUGUACUCUGAGUAGUUUAACUUUAAUAUACAUUAUUAUAUUUUCUAACUAUUUUUCCAUUUCAAUGAUAUGCAUUUUUAAACAAACAAUGUUUUAUAUAAGCUAUAUUACCCAUUGUAACUUAUGUAACUUUAAGUUCACCCAACUAAUAUAAUGGCCAAGUGUUUGCUUAAGUUAUUAUACAUGUGUGUAUAUUUCUUUGCUGACAAUUUGGUAGCCUGUGACAUGAAAGAGUUGGGGUCAAACGUUUUGAAGAAAAAACAUUUCAUCUUACAAAUGAAAAAAAAGCCAGCAGAAAGGACAAAAAAACAUCUUCACAAUCUACCCUUCAAUUUACUGUUUCAGUUAAAAAGUGGCUAACAAGCUGUAGCUGCCAACUCUUAUCUUGAAGGGGCAUGUGUGAAAUGUAUUUAAAGAGCCAGCAGCAUUGGCAGAAUUGUGUUACUGUUCCAUAGCUUGUAAAUUACUCAAAUAUUAAAUAGAAAUAAUUUACUUCCACUUUUAAUAAAAUAAAGGCUUUGAGCAGGCUCAGCAGAAAUAUAAAAAUCAUAACAGAUGUGUAAUUUGAAAGACAUAUAUACACUACCUUUUUUUUCCAAUUACUGACAUAUUAUCAUUUUUAGCAGUAAUUAUGUGCCAUGUUAAUAAAACCACCUGUGGAACAGAGAAUAUUUCCAACCAAAGUGGUGUUCAGAAAAAAUAUAGUGCUUCGAAAUAAAAAAAAUAAAACAGAGAAAGAAUUGACUCUGAAAAUGUACAGCUGCCCCGUUGUAUAAUAAAUAAGAAAUUUAGCUUAGAAAGAGUCUUUAUAUAGUUAAAUAUUUAUUUCAUAUUUCUAAUUGGCUUUCUGAAUGGUGAUUCAACUGAAUCUUAACACGUGUUCAUCUGAAUACGAUAUGUUCUUGUAUAGAAGUAUUGACAGUAUUAAUCCUAUUUUUGUAUUUUCUUAAAAUUGUUCUACCAUUACUGUAUGUUUAUUGUUUGUAAAAUAGAGGCAUAUUAACAAGUUCAGAUUUGUUUGCAAGGAAGAAAGUAAAAAAACAAAGAAAGCACAUUUAUGUUAAUUUUUUUCUACAGAGUUUAAUUACAUCAUAUAUCUAAGGGUUACCAAAAUACGCUACUAAUAAACACUAAAAUUAUUAUAAGACGUGGGUGUUUUUGAACCCAAACAUAUUUCUUCAGUUUGUAUGGUGAUGGGCUGUGUUUGCAGGCCCAGAAUGUUAACCUUUUGUGAUGUUUGCAGAUGCCAAUGUUGCCUGUAUUUAAGAUAGGACACCAUGUUUUCUGAAAACUAACAUACUUACCAUGUUUACAGAGAAUCAUUUGCUGUACAUAAACCUUUUUAUAGUUACAUGCUUUGCACAAUCACAAAUGUAUUGUUGCUUUUUGUCUGUAUAAACUCACAAACAUCUGCAGCUCUUUUUUUAUAUAAAGACCUCGAACUGUAACUGUUAAUAUUUCUCAGCCAUGCCAAAUGGUUUACUAGUUCCCUCUGCUAAAGUGUAACCCUUGCAUAGAAAGCCCCCAUUUUAACAAAAUCUAGCUCUAGUUUACAUUAGAGCUGCUUAUUUAUUCUUCAUUUAGUUGAUAACAGGAACCUGAAAACUGUUCCAGCUUUAAAGCAACAAAAAAGCAGGUUCAAUUGAAACUUGUGGAGUGAAAAACAUUUCUGUUUAAGUGCGUCAAGUGCAGCGUUAGUUGAAUUAAGUUCUAAAAGCAGGAGGAAUUUGAAAUCUGAGUCCUGAUCUGUUACCUGAACAAGCAUGUUGGGAGACUGGCCUGGCUGAAUGGGAGGUGUACACUUAAACCAUUUACAUGUGUGUCACUUAGUAGAUGCCGUAAAUGUGUUAUAUACUUCAAACUGUUAGAAUGCUGGUACCUGUUGUUUUUAUGAUUUUCUUCAAUUCUUAUAUUGCACUUGUUACAAGUCUUGCCAUAAAAGUUAUUUUGCUCACACUGCCAAGUGCUGGGGGGGGGGGGGGGGGGG